GUACGUUGUGUCCUGCGGCGGGAGCCGUAGAGGGGUCGGGGUCGGAGGGAAGCCCCUCCCCCUGUCUCUCGGGGUUACCGUCGGGGAGAUUCCAGGGGGAAGAGAGAGAGAGAAAAGGUAGAUGGAAAAGAUUCCAUUGCACGGUUCAGAGACGAGCAGGGGAAUUCUACCAGUGUCCAGGCCAGCAUUCCCUGAAGCAACAUCAGUAAAACAGAUUAACUGGAUAGUUAUCUCAUUGCCAUUUGCUGGACCUGGCUGUAAACAAAUUGGCUGCCACUUUUGCCAAUGCGACCACAGUUGCUUGCACCUUAGAAAACUUCCCACUUGUGCAAGUCUGGUUCUUCAGUGAUAAAUGGCACCUUAGGAGAUCGUCGGCAUCUGCACUGUGCAGUAUCAUCCGGAGUUCUAUCAGAGCCUUUUCAAUCAUAUUACAUGUGUAAAUCACUGCGUUAUUGUGUGAGCCACUGUCUUUAUGCAGUAAUGACUAAACUGGAGGAACUCAACAGAGAAGCAAAUAUGCAUUCCUCAAUUCGAUAUCUUGGCUACCUGGCAAAUAUAAGCUUACUGGUGGCAAUUUGUAUGGGCCUAUACGUCCGAUGGGAGAAAACAGAAAAUAUAUUAUUACUUGUGAUAUUCAUCCUGGGACUUUUUGUGCUUGGUAUUGCUAGCAUAUUGUACUAUUACUUCUCCAUGGAAACAGCAAGUUUGAGCCUGUCGCAUCUCUGGUUUGGAUUUUUGCUUGGCCUUCUCUGUUUUAUAGAUAAUUCUAAAUUGAAAACUGAUGCGAAAGAAGAAGCUACCAAAUAUUUACUAUUGACCAGCAUUUUGGUUAGAACUUUGUGGUCAGUUGUGGAGCGAAUGUGCGGAUGUAUCCGACAUCAACCUGUUCUGUUAACAUCUGCAGAAUUUCUGGAGCUGGUUGGAUUUGCCAUAGCUAGCACUGCUAUGUUGAUGCCCAACUGCUUGAGUGUUGUCUUAAUUGUUUUUGCCUUGUCAAUGUUGAUUGUUGAUCUGCGGAUGAAGUCUUUCCUGGCAGUUCCAAACUUGAUAGUCUUUGCAGUGAUUACACCUUUAUUGUUUUUUCCUUCUUUGAAAAUUAGCACUAACCCCUUUGCCUUGGCUUGUUAUUUCAGCCGUCUGAUUUGUGACCCACUGCUAGAUCUUUACUUCAGUGGCCUAUCUGUUACUGAACGGUGGAAGCCUUACCUGUAUGGCCGGACACUAUGUAGACGAAUUUCCAUACUUCCUGUAGCAUCUAUUGAGCUAAUAUUCUUCAUUCUUGCUGCAUUAAAACUAAAUAACUUAGAGCAUUGGUAUUUUCUGAUACCAGGAUUUUCUAUCUUUGGGAUUUUUUGGUUGAUCUGCCAUAUAAUUUUUCUCAUAACUUUCUGGGGUUUCCAUACUAAGCUCAGUGACUGUCAAAAAAUCUACUAUACUCAUAGGACAGAUAAUAAGAGUCUGGACUGUGUUAUGGCAUCCAAAGGAAUGCGUCAUUUUUGCUUGAUUUCAGAGCGAUUGGUCUUUUUCAGCCUAUUAUCCACAGCAAUUCUGGGUGCAGUCUCCUGGCAGCCAACAAAUGGGUCCUUUAUGAGUGUGUUCCUUAUUGUUUUACCUUUGGAAUCCUUAGCUCAUGGUCUUUUCCAUGAAUUGGGUAACUGUUUAGGAGGAACAUGUGUAGGAUAUGCGAUUGUAAUUCCUACAAAUUACUGCAGUCCUGAUGGUCAGCCAACGCUCCUCCCUCCUGAACAUGUGCAAGAAUUGAAUCUAAGGUCUACAGCCAUGUUAAGUUCUGUCCAACGAUUUUUUGCAUUUCAUAUGAUAGAGACUUAUGGCUGUGACUACUCCACCAGUGGUUUUUCUUUUGACACUCUUCAAUCAAAAGUAAAGGCAUUUCUUGAUCUGCGUACUUCCGAUGGACCCAGACAUGACACCUACAUCCUGUAUUAUAGUGGGCAUUCUCACAGCUCUGGCGAGUGGGCAUUAGCAGGAGGAGAAACCUUGAGGCUGGAGACAGUUGUAGAAUGGUGGAAAGAAAAGAAUGCUGAUUUCUGCUCUCGCCUGAUAAUUGUUUUGGACUGUGACAAUGCUGUUCCAUGGGUUAAAGAUGUAAGAAGAGUCAGUGAAAGUUUUGUUGCUGUACAAGGUGCAGUACUGGCCGAAGAAGUUAAUGUUGAAGAAGCGGACCUUCCACAAUUAGGUGACUUUACUAAAGACUGGGUAGAAUAUAACUGCAACCUUGAUAACAACAUUAGCUGGUCAGAUAAAGGAAGAACAGUUAUGGCUGUUUAUGGUAUAUCUAAAUGCUGGAGUGAUUACACUCUUCAUUUACCAACAGGAAAUGAUGUUGCCAAGCACUGGAUGAUUUACUUUCCUCGUAUCACUUAUCCUCUGAUUUACUUGGCGGACUGGUGUGGUGGACUGAACCUUUUUUGGAUGUGUAAUGUUUGCUUUAAAUGUUUCAAAAGGUUGAAAAUGAGAUGGUUCCCACCCACAGUCCUGGACACAGGGCAAGGAUUUAAACUUGUGAAAUCAUGACAUUAUCAUCACAUGUCAAAUACUUAGGACUUUGUAUUGCACUUAUAGGCGUCCUUCCAAAGAUUUUGGAGUACAGGUUUAUAUAUAAAAGUUAAUGGGCUACAGCUGCUGAAAAGUUACUGAUUUAUCCCAGGCUUGUAUUUCUUAAACUCAACAGAUUUCAGGGUUCAGCAGGGCUUAUACCAUUUUUAUUUGUGUGUGUAUGUGUGUAUAUAUAUAUAUAUAUAUAUAUAUAUAUUACAUACUGCAAUGUUACUAAUACUACACAAAGAAUUACUGCAUUAAGAUGGCAACCAUUCUAGCUAUUUAUAGUGCACUGAGUUCAAAUUAGCUAGCACAACUAAUGUUUUGACAGCAAUUAAAAUGGAAAAUAAUGAACAUUGGUUUAAGAUGUCAUUAUUACCCACCAAAGCAGGAAAGAGGAAGUCUGACAACCAAAUGUUGAACAUGCCAAAUGAUGAAGUAAAUUCUUCAGAAAGCAUACUUCAUGAUUUUCUUUUAAACAUACAAUGUUCAAAAGUUUAGUCUGCAAAAUAUUCCUUAAAUUUGAUGGUCCAAUUUAAUAUUGUUACUUGCUCUCAAUUGACUUGCUUCUUUGCCUAGUAUCAAAUAUAAAAUAACCUGAGGAUUGCAGUGAUGGUACAAGACCAAGAGAAACUAUAACAUGUCACUAAUCUUAAUUGCAGUGAAAAUUACUUCCCCCUGUAGUUCAUCUGUUGGAAAGUUUGCUAAUAUUUUAUAAAUUUUGCUACUUUAAUACUAAUAUGCAAUGUUCAGAAUUGGCAUUGGCCCUUUCCCCAAGAUUGAUUUUUUUUUGCUGAAUGAUACCAUCCAACAAAGUAGUUCAUUCAAUAGUUGAGAGCUGAGUAAAAUUGACUAUUCAGUUUAAAGCCUACUGUGUUAUACUUAGGUUUUUAAACUAAAGAAUUUAAACAAAUCCCACUAGUUGCCAGAAUUUAAUUUUCUGCUACAACCACAACUGUGGAGAUUUCUUAGUUCAUAUGCAAUAACACAUGGUUGUUACUGAGUUCAAUAUCAAAAUAUUGUGCAUGACUGUGGGUUGCAUAUGAAAAUGAAGAGGCAUUCUCUUAAAGCCACAUGCUGUCCAUUUCGUUUGUAUUAACUAUAUGUCAAAAUAAAUUUUAUUUCUAAUAAUUUUCUAAAACCUUUCUAAUUGAGCUUACAUGCAUGUAAUAAAUCAAAACAGGGCGCACCUUUGAUUAAAUGUAUAAUUCUUUUGUGAUGAAUUACUUUGAUUUUAUCUUAUGCUAUAUUUUGACAUUUAUUUUAUAUACAUUUUGAUCUCUUGCAUGUACAUUAUUUUACUGUUUUGAGAAUUUAUUUUUGUUAUUUAGGUAUGGUCCUGUUACAGAGCUAUCACACUUUUAAGUUCAUGUUCUAUAGAUCCCUGUAAAAUUAACCAAUAAACACCAUAUUUGCUUCAA